AUGGACGGCUUUCCAGAAUCUCGACGUCAACACUCGCCGGCCUCAUCUGCUAGCCCACAGAUCGAGAGGAGCAAGCUCAGCGAAGCACCAGCUGAGGGAUAUGAAUUCAAUGCUACUCAGCCACCCGCCCCGGACGUGGCCCAGUACGCAACAUCUCCCAGCCCGCCUUCCAUGAUAGACUAUGCUUCCACUGGUGCUCUAAAUACAAACUCAGCCUCCACCGGGUCCGCCGUUACGCAACUCACGCCCAACGACGACACAUCCACAGGCAAGAGCUACACUAGAGAGAGAGUACCAAGGGAACCCAAACAUCACAAGAACAAGGCAGCACAUCGACUCAGUGCUUUGUCUUCCUCUGGGUCAGAGCCACACUCGGUCGGUCACGAUGGAGGUUUCGUGUCUGCCAGCCAGGAACUCAGUUAUUUUAAGAGCAAGUCCAGGAGCCCCCAAGCACCAAUGCUAGAGUAUCCAUCGCCCGGUAUUUCUGCUCCCAACGAACCGUACUCCCAAGAACAACCAUACUCGCAAGAAGCAUCCUACCCCCCGGAGCCGCCAUACUCUCAGCCUCCUGUCAACCCUGGCUGGGGACCAAACUACUCUGGUCCAGCCUAUCCCCCCUAUCCAUAUCCACCACCCCCUGGACAGCAGCCUGGGCUACGUCCCCUCAGCCAGCAAUACCCGUCUGGUUACGGUUACCUAGACCCCAAGGCCACUACACUGAGCACCGCAUUUGCCAACCGUUCUUCAUUUCACGAGUCACAGUAUCCAGACGCUCAAGACAUGAUGGCUGGAAACCGGAAUGGUCCUGGAGGGAAUAUCGAUAUUCCUUUUGCUGAUCUGACUGGAUAUGCGCGCAUAGCAUCAGCAAUAACAGGCCAGGUAUUGCCUGGCGUUCGACCUUUAUAUCGGCGAUUCGAGUGGCUGCACCACCGUCUUCUCCUGUCUUACCAAGACCAACUCGUCGAGCUGGAAGAUGAGUUGAUAGACCUGGAUGCAGUCAGCACAGUUACACGGAGGAGGGAGCAAGGCAGACGAGAUCUGCCUUGCUCUGAGAGAGAGGAAAGGACGGAAGAUUCUCCUUACAAGCGGGACAAAACUCGAACGAUGAGAGAUAUUGGCCACGUCCUUGACGCAUACACUCAGCGAAACCUCAUCGUUCAGCCUGAAACCGAGUUCCUGCGUGCUGCCGAUCUCGUUUGUGUGGCUCGAGAGCCUCCCGCGGAUGCGCCACGCGCUGCCGAUGACAACGCCGAGGCGGGGGGCGAUGAAGCAGCCCCCCAGCCCGAGGUUCCUCUACGGGCUCUCAUAAACGGCUUCUCGGCAGGUUUUGCUUGUUUGGCUGUGUCGCUGGUGGCUCUUCCAGACCUCACCAGUCGGCUGAUCGUGGUACUGUGUUUUGUUGUGCUGGCCGCUGUUGUCAUGAUGGCGACCGGGAACGCCAGGCAUUUAAGGGGCUGA